AUGUCACCCCUCCCUGCAACACUCGCUGCCUUGCGUAAAUUUUCAUCCUGUGAAAUUGCAGACGCGUUACUCAAGUUGGGACAACGCCCAUGGGGAGGCUACAUUCCUGACAUUGAAAUGUGGUCACCUCGUUACUGCGAUGGCGACACUCGUAUCGUAGGCCCUGCUUUUACAGUCAAGAUGGUUGAACGCGACAAUACCACUGCACCUAAGCCCGACGAACAUUUCGCGGAUGCAGCUCCUGAAGGCAGCGUAAUGGUCAUUUCGUCUCCUGCUGAUGUCAAAGGUGCCUGUUGGGGAGGAUUGAUGUCGGCUCGUGCAAAAGCGAAAAAAGUUCAAGGAGUCGUUGUGGAUGGUCGUGUACGAGAUUUGAGUGAGCAUCGCUCCAUGGAGUACCCGGUAUUUGCCAAGUCGCAUUCCACGCUGCCACAAAACGCUUUCGUGAGACCAUCCGAACUCCAAGUACCGAUAUCCAUGUCAACAUCUCCAGUGACAGUAAACCCAGGUGACAUUAUUGUAGCCGACUUGGAUGGUGUCAUUUGUGUGCCGGUUGGUUUGGUUGAUGAGGUCAUCACUAGCUGCACAAAAUAUGUUGCCAUUGACGACAAAUGCAUGGAAGCUUUGAAACAAGGCUACGGUGUCAAGGAGACAUUUGCAAAGUACAGAGGAACCUAA